UCUCAAUUGGAGUCGUUGGUGGCAUAAUGCAGCUCCUCGGCGGCAUAUUUCUAUUAGGGGCCCUGCUAUUUAUAAGCACAGGCCAAUCGGACGCAGUAUGUGGCUAUGAGUCGUGUCCUGCAACGAAGCCAAACAUGAUUAAUGUGCAUUUAGUGCCACAUUCGCACGACGAUGUUGGCUGGCUGAAGACGGUCGAUCAGUAUUAUUAUGGACAUAAGAAUAAUAUACAGCAUGCUGGCGUACAAUAUAUUUUUGAUUCGGUGGUCGCCGAGCUAUUGAAGGAUUCGUCACGUCGCUUCAUACAAGUGGAGACGGCAUUCUUCUUCAAGUGGUACCAGGAACAAACGGAGCUAGUCCGAGGACUUGUAAAGCAAUUGGUCAACGAAGGUCGCUUGGAGUUUACUGGUGGUGCAUGGAGUAUGAACGAUGAGGCCGCCGUUCACUAUCAAAGCGUCAUUGAUCAGUUCUCACUGGGUUUAAAAAUUCUAAAUGAUACAUUUGGCGCUUGUGGACGUCCACGCAUUGGCUGGCAGAUUGAUCCCUUUGGGCAUUCCCGUGAGAUGGCCUCGAUGUUUGCACAGAUGGGCUAUAAUGGUGAGUUCUUUGCCCGCAUGGAUCACGUUGAGAAGGGGAAACGUCUGGAGGACAUGGCAAUGGAAAUGAUUUGGCAAUCUAGUGAGUCAUUGAGUGACUCGGAUCUCUUUACGGGCAUGCUGUAUCAUCACUACUCGGCUCCACCAGGAUUCUGCUUUGACGUUCUCUGCAGCGAUGACCCAAUUAUCGAUGGCAAGAGCUACGAUAAUAAUGUUAAGGCUCGAGUCGAUAGCUUCGUGAGCUAUGUGAAGAAAAUGUCUAACUCAUUCCGAGCUACACAUGUAAUGGUGCCCAUGGGCGAUGACUUUCAAUACGAAGACGCAGAAAUAAAUUUCAAGAACAUGGACAAACUAAUCAAGUAUGUAAACCAGCGACAACUGGAAGGGUCGAAAGUGAAUGUGUUUUAUUCAACACCCUCUUGCUACCUCAAGGAAGUGCACCAAAUGCAGCUAAAUUGGCCAAAGAAGACACAGGACUUCUUCCCGUACUCCAGUGACGCACAUUCCUAUUGGACAGGCUACUUUACAUCGCGUCCAACACAAAAGCGCUUUGAGCGCGAUGGCAAUCAUUUGCUGCAGACCGUCAAACAGUUGAGUACGUUCGCGAAAUUGACGAGCGCCCAGCAAACUGGAAAUUUGGACUCACUGCGUCAAGUGAUGGGCGUAAUGCAGCAUCAUGAUGCCAUCACGGGUACUGAGAAGCAGGCAGUUGCCCGCGACUACGAUCGCCUACUCACCGAUGCUAUUGUCGAUGCCCAGCAUAAUGCACGGGAUGCGCUUCGAGUGCUCACCAAUCUGAGCACAGGAGAGUUCGAUAGCUGCUUGCAGCUGAAUAUCAGUGUCUGUGCAUUCACUGAGAAUAGUGCCAACAAUGUGGUUGUGACUCUCUUCAACCCACUCGCCCAUCCCUCUGCCCAAUAUGUGCGUGUGCCGGUUAACAACGAACAAUACUUGGUGACAAAUGAGAAGGGGCAACAAGUUGCUUCGGAGGUGGUGCCGGUGCCUUGGCAAGUUCUGGCUAUUGAGCACCGCACGAAUGCCACACAGCAUGAGUUGGUCUUCAAGGCAACCGUGGACAAGAUCGCCAACUUCUACAUACGUAAUCUGCCGGCGCCGAGAAACUCACAGAAGCCAGCUUUCGAACGUUUUGAAAAGGUGCAUUCGAUGAUGCAGGCAAUGUCCAAUGAUGAUGCGGAAUCGGAUGAAUUUAUUAUACAGAAUUCGCUAAUCAAGCUUACGUUCGACAAGACAAGCGGACACCUAAAGACUGUGCAAAUGAACGGACUAACGGAGGAUAUUGGGCAAAGCUUUGGCAUAUACACGGGUGCCCAGGGCAACAACCAAGGAGCUGAGCAUCGUUCCUCUGGAGCAUACAUAUUCCGGCCCAAUGGUGACAUUAGUUUACUGACAGAUAACGUUGACUACACCAUUUUCGAUGGUGUUCAAGUUAAGGAAGUCCAUCAGCAUGUGAAUGAGUGGAUUUCCCAAGUAAUUCGCAUCUAUGAAGGCGUCAAUCGGGUAGAAUUUGAGUGGUUGAUUGGACCCAUUCCGAUUGACGAUGACCAGGGUCGGGAGAUUGUGACUCGCUUCACGAGUGGAGUCGCCUCCAAGGGUGUCUUCUACACCGAUUCAAAUGGACGCGAGAUGAUCAAGCGUGAAGUAAACAAACGCGAGUACUUCACUCCCAAUAUGACCGAGUCCGUUAGCGGCAAUUAUUAUCCCGUUACUGCACGCAUUUCCAUUGAGGAUCAGCAAAAGCGAAUCGCUUUACUCAACGAUCGCGCCCAGGGUGGAUCUAGUCUCCAAGAUGGCCAGCUGGAACUCAUGCUCCAUCGUCGCCUUCUUAAGGACGAUGCAUUUGGGGUUGGCGAGGCCCUAAAUGAGACUCAAUUCGGUGUGGGUUUAAUUGCACGCGGUAAAGUGUAUCUCAUCUUAAACUCAGCUGAGGAGAAGCCCACAAUUGGAGAGCGCUUGGCACAGCAAGAAAUUCAUCUGCCAUUCUGGAAAUUCUUUAGUAGUUCGAAUGCGCCCAGUGUGGUUAAGCCAACGAUACCAGAUUUCAGCAAUUUCCCGCAAUCGGUUAAUCUGCUAACACUCGAGCCGUAUUCCAGCAAUGAAAUCCUUAUGCGCCUUGAGAACUUUAUGGAUCACAGUGAGGGUCACACAGUCAGCUUCAAUAUUCGCGACAUCUUCGAUUCGUUGGGUGGCAAGGAGAUCAAAGAAACUACUUUGGAUGGCAACAUGCUUCUGAGUGACAUGAAGAGAUUCAAGUUCCAUCACCAAGGAUCAAUGCCAAAGGCUGUGGAAUACUUUACAGCUCCACACGAUCCGUUGUGGGCUAAUGGUGCAAGUGACUCCUCUAAAUUCAGUGUCACCUUGAAUCCCAUGCAGAUUCGCACAUUUAUUAUUAAAUGGUCAUAUGGAGACGAAGAAAAAUAAAAUAAAUAGAUUAGAUUCAUAGAUUUGCUUAAAGAUCAUAUUUGUUUAAUAAUAUUUAGAGCAUGCUCAAUAUAAACUAAAAUUUGGACUUUCAGCUAACUCCACAUUCAAGUAGAAGUUUCUACAAUAAUAACUUAUUCAAAACAAAAAUUGUUAUUGGAAAAAUUUCGUGUCAGCAUACAAAUUCGCCAAGCUAAAAGUCUUUGCUCUUUGCACCCUCACCCACAGUGGCAAAUUUUAAACCUCAACGAACGAGAUGUCAAUAAAUAUUGGGCAUAAAGUGUCCUGGCCAA